GUGUGAGACGUGAGGCGCCAUCUGUCGCGUGUUUGGCAGUGAAGAGCGACUCAAAGGCUGAUUAUCAAUAAAAUGGCGAAAAUUUUACGUCAAAAAACUCUUUGAAUGUUUGCGAAACCUCUUCGACGGCAAGUGUUGGCAAAUGUCGCGCACUUUCGCCGGUCUUUCGGGCACUUAUAACGUGAGGGCCAACGAAUUGGCGCUCCAGAGGAAUACAAAGACCGUUCGAUGUCUCGUCUACUUCUUGGACGACACGCAACACGUCUUCGAACUCGACAGACGCGCCAAAGGAGACCAACUGUUGGAUGUGGUGUUCCGUCAUCUGGAACUCAUAGAACGUGAUUACUUCGGCCUCCAGUUCACCGAAACCAUUGCCCACAGCGGACACUCCAAUGCCCGAUGGCUCGAUCCCAACAAACGCCUCCGCAAACAACUCAAGUCUUCGCGCGCGCCGUUCCUCCUCUUCUUCAAAGUCAAGUUCUAUGUGACGGAUCCGUCGCGACUGCUGGAGGAAUACACGCGUUACCACUUCUUCCUGCAGAUCCGCAAAGACAUAUUCUAUGUGACGGAUCCGUCGCGACUGCUGGAGGAAUACACGCGUUACCACUUCUUCCUGCAGAUCCGCAAAGACAUAGUGAGCGCGCGACUCGUGGCGCCGUCGGCCGCGUUGGCGCUCCUCUGCUCGCUUGUGGUUCAAUCGGAAUUCGGGGACUUUUGCGCCGAAGAACACGAUCCGCAAUACGUCUCGCGCCUGAAACUAGUGCCGAACCAAAGCGCGGACUUCGAGGAGAAGGUGUCUGAGCUGCACGCUCUCCAUAGGGGGCAGACGCCGGCCGACGCCGAACUCAACUUCCUCAUCCAGGCGAAGGCGCUGGACAUGUAUGGCGUGGAACUGCACAAAGCGAAGGACACGAACGGCCGCGAGAUCCAGAUCGGCGUCUCGGGCUCCGGCCUCUUGAUUCUGCACAACGGCCAGAAAGCGAAUCACUUCUCGUGGGCGAAGAUCGUCAAAAUCUCGUUCAAAAGACGCCAUUUCUUCGUCCAGUUGCGACGCGAGGGCACGGAGCGCUUCGACGCGUUGUUGGGUUUCAACUCGUGUUCGUAUCGCACGUGCAAAUCGCUGUGGAAGGCGUGCGUCGAGCAGCACACCUUCUUUCGGCUCCAGACGCCCAAACCGCACACCAAGAAGUUCUUCUUCUUCUUCAGUCUCGGCUCGCGGUUCCGGUAUUCGGGAAAAACCGAGUUCCAGACUCUGGAAGAGAACCGCAAACGUCUUCAGCGCACAGACCGCACGUUUGUGAGAACGGCGCGCUUCCACCAGACGGUGCCCAUCCCGCACAUCAACAAUCUCAUGCUCUCGCUCUCCAACGGACAAUCACGUGACAGCUUUCAAUCCAAUCGCAUUCAAAGUACAGAAUCUCCGGCGAAGAGCGCGUGGACCGCUUCGUCGCCAUUUUGUCUCAAGUCGCUGCCUUUCAUCGACAAAGAGGAGACCAACAGAUUGUCGUCGCUCUCCGACGACUCGUCGCCCGUCCACCUGCACACCGUUCACAUGCGGCCCGACGCGGACGGCCGCUUCGGCUUCAACGUGAAGGGCGGUCACGACCAGAACUGUCCGGUUCUCGUGUCGCGCGUCGCGCCCAACACGCCGGCCGACCUCGCGAACCCGCAGCUGCGCGAAGGCGACCAAGUGAUGGCCAUCAACGGCUCCGACGUGUCCGGCCUCUCGCACGAGCAGAUCGUGCAGUUGAUCCGCUCCACGCGCGGCCCCGACGCCCAACUCUCGCUCUCCAUUCGCCCGAACGUGUACGCGCGCGACGCUCUGCUGCCGGAAGAGCCCGCCUUUCAGUACAUUCCUGCCGACGCCUCGCCGACAGCGCGUGCGGACGCUUUGGCCGAAUCGAUGGCAUUGUUGGCGGAAGGCCUUGACAGCGGAAGUCUGGUUCUGCAGUUCGAGCAAUUGAAUCGCAAGAAAAGCGGCGAAACCAUGAAUUGCGCGCGACUUCCCGACAACCUCUCCAAGAACCGCUACCGCGACAUCUCGCCCUACGACUCGACGCGCGUCGUUCUGCGCGACGCUCUGUCCGGCGAUUACAUCAACGCGUCGUUCGUGACGAUGCACGUGACCACCACUGGUGUGGCCUUGAGAUACAUCGCCACUCAGGGACCGCUCAAAGAGACCACAGAAGACUUCUGGCAAAUGGUUUGGGAACAGCAGUCGGCGCUCAUCAUCAUGGUGACGCCUCUGGAGGAGAAGGGACGCCAGAAGUGCCACAAAUAUUGGCCCGAAGAGGCGGACGACGAGUUGGCCGUUUUCGGCGCGCUUCGCGUGCGUCUCGUGCAACAGAGCGAUUGUUUGGCGACAAUUGAGCGCAUCUUUCAAAUCACGGAUUCCAAGACGCAGGAGGAGCGACGCGUGCGCCACCUGCAGUACCUGGCGUGGCCCGACCACGGCGUUCCCGAGCGCGACAACGACUUCCUCGAUCUCAUAGUGUCUGUGCGCGAAUUCCGGGCGCAGAGUUCGCAGCCAUUUGUGGUGCACUGUUCGGCGGGCAUCGGGAGGACAGGCGUCCUGAUCCUGAUGGAGGCGGCGAUGUGCGCGAUGGAGGCCAACGAGGCGAUCGGGGCGCUGGAGCUGGUGCGCGUGAUGCGCGAGCAGAGGGCCAUGCUCAUUCAGACGUCGUCUCAGUUUCGGUUCGUUUGCGAAGCGCUUCAUCGCGUGUUUCGCGACAAAAUCGUCGAACCGUUGCCUCAAUUCAGUAUUAAUUAGAGCGAGGAGUUGCGCCGCGAGUUGUUUCGCUUGAGAACCGCACACGGAUUGGAUCCGAAUCGCGGCAAAAUAGUGGUCAGAACCGACGACAACACACUCAUAGUGGAGGCCGACGUUCGCCAACCGAUUUCGGCGCUCAAACAAAGAGUACAACGAAUGGAGAACUCGGACGAAGAGUCGACGGUUUUUGUGUCGAACCGCGCGCUCGAAGACCACAAAUCGCUGGCAGACUAUGGCGUCGUCCGACUCGUGAAUCCUGUGCUCGUGUUUGUGGUGCGGAAACGGCUGCGACUCGUCGUGAGGAUCGACAGCCGGCAGUCGUGUUCUGUGCAGACGUCGGCCGCCGAAACCGUCGGAACAGUUUUGGCGCGGAUUCUGCGCAAAGAGGCGUUCGAUUCGAAAGAUCUGAUUCUGUGUUUCCGGAACCGCGCGCUCGAAGAGAGCCAAACAUUGUUCAGUUAUCGCAUAAAAGACGGAAACUUCGUGUUUCUCAACACUAAACGCGAACUCAAGUGUCGCGAGAUCAGAAGCGAAGAGAGCGUCGAUUUCGAGUCCAUUUCUCCCCAACUGUUGGACGGAAUGACCAAACAUUUGACGGAAAACAUGAAUUCCGAUCAAAUCCAACAGUUGCUGUUGACCACAAUCCAACUGAUGACGUCGAUGGCGGAGAACGGCGACUUGAGUUCGCGACAACUCAUGGACUCUUUGACCCAAGAGUUGAAACAACGAGAGCUCUCGGAAGAAGAAGAAAGCAAAGAUAAUUAA